AUGUAUUUCGACGAUACCGGGCUAGCUGUUGUGGCUCCCACAGAAAAUCAGGGAAUAGUUGGAAUUGAAGAUGAUUAUGUUCAAACACAGUGUAUUCUGGCUGAUGGAGGUGAUAGAUUUGGAGUUUCUGCUCUCACAUUUGACAAACAUGAAGAAUUGCUGUGGAUGGGAAAUCAGGGAGGCCAUGUAACAUCUUAUUUAGCUCCAACAAUGUCAAAAUAUACAUCAUUCCAAAUACAUGCAACUGAAGAUGUGAGACAAAUUCUAACAAUUGAUGAGGGUAUCUUGGUACUUACUGCUAGUGCCCUGCGAUACCAAAUCAGGAGAGGCAUUCCAGUUUAUACACACCUAUCUAUGAAUAUGAAUGAAAUGCAAUGCAUGUUACAAAUGUCAUCAAGCAGAUUCAUCAUUGGGGGUCAUCAGGAUAAACUUAUUGAUUUUAAUUUAACAGCUUGCAAAGAGAGCAUGGUGAUAGAUGUAGGUGAGGGUUGCGUCAUGUUGAGGCCCCAUAGUAGAUUUGUCUGUGCUGGCAAUCCAUUAGGCCGAAUCGAUUUACGAGAUCCUAACAGUCUCGACGUUGAGCACACCAUUGAAACUCAUACAGGAAGCUUGAGUGAUUUUGAUGUACAAGGGAAUCUUUUGGUAACAUGUGGAUUCAGUAAUAGACAUAAUUCAUUGGCUGUUGAUAGAUAUCUGAUGGUUUAUGAUCUGAGAAUGCUCAGGGCUGUGUCACCAAUGCAAACUGUAAUUGAUCCAUUUUUCCUAAAAUUCAUACCAUCAGCAUCGUCCAGAUUGGCAGUUGUAUCGGCAAUAGGACAAGUACAGCUGCUUGAUACAAUAACUCUGGCAGAGCCUAGAAUAAGUCUUUUGCAGAUGGAGAAUCCAGGUGCCCUGUGCCUGACCUUCGACAUAUCGGCCAGCGGUCAGACGAUGUCGUGUGGUGACAACACCGGCCACAUGCACGUGUUCUCGUGCGCCGGCGCCACUGAACCGGUCGUCAACAGCUAUUCGCGCCCCUGCGAGAUGCCCGACACGCCGGCCGUCUAUCCGCACUUCGGCAUCGACGAUUACGGCACGCCGCUGUCGGUGAUCCCGAUGCCGAUCGUGCCGCCCGAGGUGCCGCUCGCGUCCGAUUGGCCGCCGCAGUUCGUCAGCAAGGUGUACCGGAGACCAGUCGGUAUUGAUCCAGAGAUUUUAAGAACCAUGAAAAUGCAGGGUCCAAUCGGAUACGCUCCCAAUCCGAAAACCAUAAGGCGAAAUCAAGUAUUGUAUGAUUUUGGGCAAAACGGUUACACUCCACCUUUUGCAGCUGCUAACCGGAGUCCAAUACAUCAUGACGACAAUGUUUUCAUAGCGAUUCCUAAAAGGUAUCGGAAAGUCGAUGUUAGAUAUAAUAAAAUGGGUACCGAAGAUUUUCAGUUCGAUCAAUUCAACAAGAGCGGCUUUUCCGGAUUAGAAGCCACAUUACCCAAUUCCUAUUGUAAUGCAAUGAUUCAGGUUUUGUACUUCACUGAGCCACUACGAGCAGCGCUGUUGUCACAUCUGUGCACUAAGGAAUUUUGUCUGUCUUGCGAACUCGGUUUUCUCUUCCACAUGUUGUACACUUCCUCACAAAAUCAGCCAUGCCAGCCCGGUAAUUUCCUUAGGGCCUUCAGGACUGUCCCAGAGGCAUCCGCGUUGAGUUUGAUACUGAGCGAUCUGCAUCCCGAGGCCAAGCAAAAAAUCGAACUGUCUGGUUUAAUUCAGAGCUGGAACAGGUUCAUAUUGCACCAGAUGCACGUAGAAUUGUCCGAGAACAAGAAGAAAAACGAGGAAAGAAAAAUCAAUAGGAAACCGUUCGUUUAUAAAGAAGUCGAUUUUCCGAGUAUUUCUUACGAACGAAAUAAGGAGAAGAGGCUCUCUGGAGAAGAAAUCGACAUCAAAAUAGAGGAUGAAAAACGAGAAGACGUAUCGGAAAUAAGUCAAUUGUUUGGUUCAAAACGGUUGCAAAUGAACUGCUGUUUGAAAUGUGCAAAUGAGGUGAGGAAGGAGUCGGUAUUGUUGGCUUGCAACUUGGUCUAUCCGACUCUCGAACCAGACAGGGAUGAGUGGAGUUUUUGUGAUAUUCUGAAGAGGUCUUUCUGUCCCCAACAAACAACACCGGCUUGGUGCGAAAAAUGUUCGAAGUUCUCGCCUACCUCACAGUCCAGAAUAUUACAGUCCCUUCCCAACGUUCUGGCGAUCAACACUGGCCUCCACGUGCCGCAGCACAAGCAGUUCUGGCAGACGCAGAUGGACAAGGUAGUUGCGCGCGUGCAGCACUCCGACCUGGCCAAUCGGCGUUCGGCCACGCCCACUGCCGCGCUAGGAUCGUCGAAACCGUGCCGGUACGGCGAUCACUGCUCGAGGCCGGGGUGCCGGUUCCGGCACAGUUUCGAUAGCGCUCCUUUCGCGCCGCCGGCGAAUAACCCGUACUGCAGCAACAACUGGCUGCCGCACGGGAUCGAGCUGGAGUUAAGGGAGGGGGAGCUGGACGUGAGGAAGGAGGAAGAUGGCGAGAAGGAGGAGGAAUCAUCCAUGAAAGAAAACGUGGAAUCCAAACGGCGGUACGCGCUAUCAGCAGUCGUUUGUUACAUCAACGAUCAAACGUCCAGCGACAAACGCAACCUCGUGUCCUUGAUUAAGGUGCCCAAGGCGUACUUUUUGGAGCGCGACAAAGAGCCGAACGACUAUCAGUGGUAUCUCUUCAACGAUUUCAGCAUCAGUCCAUUGAUGGCGACCGAAGCGGUUUGGUUCAGCUUAGAUUGGAAGGUGCCCUGCGUGCUCUACUAUUCGGCUGUGAGCAUGCUGGAUGCUAGGAGUGAGAUCACGAAUCCGUUGUCGAGGGAUGUUUUCAACGAAGACGAAUGCAUAGCUAGGAGCGGUGGUACGAAAGGUAUCACUUUCACUCCACUCCACGACGAUGAGAUUCUCAAGCAAGGCGAUUUGGUCGCCAUGGAUGCGGAAUUCGUUACUCUCAAUCAAGAAGAAGCCGAAUUGAGAAGCGACGGUAAAAUGUCGACUGUCAAACCGUCGCAAAUGUCUGUGGCUAGGAUAACAUGUAUCCGAGGGAGUGGCCAGCUAGAGGGAACACCGUUUAUCGACGAUUACAUAUCUACCCAAGAACAAGUUGUUGACUAUCUAACGAAAUUUUCUGGAAUAAAACCAGGAGAUUUGGAUGCGAAUUUCAGUUCCAAACAUCUUACAACGUUGAAGUCUACUUAUACAAAAUUGAGAUAUCUUCAGGAUAGUGGAGUGAUUUUUGUCGGACAUGGAUUGAAAAAUGAUUUUAGGGUGAUAAAUUUGGUGGUAUCUCCUGAUCAAGUGGUAGAUACUGUCCAGUUAUUCCAUUUACCUCAUCAUCGAAUGGUAUCUCUUCGCUUCCUGGCGUGGCAUUUUCUGGGGAUCAAAAUCCAGUCGGAAACACAUGAUUCAGUGGAAGAUGCUAGAGCAGCACUUCAGCUGUACAAAAAAUACAAGCAAUUGGAAAAGCAAUCUAAAAUUGGAGAUGCACUGGCCGAAUUAUAUGAAACUGGUAAACGUCUCAACUGGAAGGUGCCGGAAGAUUAGUAAUUGA